AUGGAUCAAAUCAAUCAAGCAGUUGAUAUUAUUGUACAAUAUAUCGGUGGUAACCAUCGUCAACAUCAAGAUGACACUGUGGAGAUGACAAGGAUACCACAAGAGCAUACACCAUCAAAACGUCCAGUCUAUAUCGUUCGACAACGAGAUAUUACAAAGAUUCAAACCUACUUUCGUAAUAAAAAUUGGUUGUUAUUACCAUCAUGUACCAUUGCUGAUACCAUGUACUUAUGUGAUCAAGUGGAAUACACUCAAAAAGUGACUAAACAUUUACAAGAAACACAAGCAUAUAAAAUAGUCAAACGUCUUCAAUCAUUCAAUGGAGAUGAUGGACAAAGUUAUUUGAAUGGUAUCAAAGAGCGAAUACAAUGGGAAUUAACAAAUCUAUUAAAUAAACAAUCUAUUACUAUCGAACAAUAUCAACAGAUGAUCUAUAACAAUGAAGAUGAUGACGUUCAAAUGAAUUCCAUUACAUUUCUACCUGAUACACGUGCGGGAGUAGUGGUAUCAUUUCGACCACAAAUGAACCAUGCUACUCGACCCACUGUUCACAUUACUCGAUAUCUACAUGGUUUUCUUCAAACAAUAUAUGACAAAGCGGCGUGUUUGACUACUUUUCACAAUGGCAUUAAUGUCAUAGAAGCAAUGGAAAUUUAUGCUAAAAAUGGUUCUCUCCAACAUGGGACACGAUUUGUCACAAUUACAAUAGAAGACUGUGAAUAUCUUUUCACUCAUGAACAACUAUUGGAAAAAUUGGAAAAUUUUCUUCAUGAUUAUGUUUCUCCUCAAUAUAAACGAGUAUUAUCUCAUGAAACUAUUCUUUCAUUAGUACGUCUGGUACUUGAAACACAAUAUUUCGUCUAUGAUAAUAAAUUAUAUCAACAGAUAAAAGGUGGCGUUUCAGGUAUACCAUUGAUAAAACUAUUAAUCAAUAUUUACUUAUUCUAUUGGGAACAACAAUUAAUACAAUGUUUAUAUAAAAGAAAAGAAGUAUUUGGCAGAUCGUUUAAUAAAAUGUUUUUUACUUGGAAUGAGUCAAAACAGAAACUGUGUAGUAUGCUGGAAGUAAUCAAACGAAAAUAUGUCCAUUUACCUAUUCAUCUAUCAACAGGAUCAUCAAUAAAUUACCUUGAUAUAGAAAUUUCUCAAGAAAAUAGUAUUCUUCAAACAAAAAUCUGUCGAUCUUGUCUUACUGAACUAUAUACAUGGCCAUAUGUAAUCAAUUAUCCAUUAGAACAAUAUAUGGCAAUGAUCCGUGCUAUUCUCAUACGUGCUAUUCAGUCUUGUACAAAUAUACGAGAAUUUCGUGAUGAAUACAUGUUGGUACACUCUAUUUGUUUAUUCAAUCGAUUCCCUUCGGAUUUUAUCACUUCGUGUAAUCAUCAAUUUUUCCAAGAAUUCAAUCCAUCAAAAAAGGAUUAUAAUUACAAUCAAAUAAGUUAUGCACAUCUUCGUCAACAAAUCAAUAUGAAAUUUAAAUUAGCACGAUUAUCGUUGAGUAAUUCAGUAAGAUCUUGA